UCUUUUUUCUUGCAGGAUUUCCACCUGACUCCACCAUUAAACAGGUUUUAAAUGAGAAGUCGGUGAUACUUCACGUUCCCAGAUCAUUUCUCAACGUAUUGGGAUCUAGGAAGCAAGGCACACUUAUCAUCGAAGGGGUCAGUUUUCACUUCUUGUCCACAGUAGACAACAGUAGUACUAUGCCAAGAUGUCCGGUAUUCAUGGGCUUCUCCCCGCCAGUAAACUACGCACACGCUUUACACCUGGGCAGGAUUCUCUUCCCCUUGGCACGUGGGGAUACAUUCAUCGAGCAGAAGUUAGGUGACAUUAUGGUAAAACAUCUCUUACAGCUGGCGGGCGGUAGCAAUAGUCAAGUCCAGCACCGCAGACAGAGAGGUGGAAAAACAGGCCGCAAGGAGCACAGAGCGCAACGUCCUCGGCACAGGCAGGAGAGGCAGGAUCUCGGCCCUCCGCAGCUCAUGCAAACACAGACCACGAGUUUUACAAGACCCCAAGACACAAUCACCUCCAACACAAACUCCUCUACAGUAUCCAACUUUACUUUACCAUCUUCGAGGGACCCGUAUCGUUCUCAACAGCCCGCGGUCUGGCAACAACAGUUUCCUCAGCCGCCUCCUUACACAUUCACCACCAAUCAAAAUUAUCCGUAUAGUCAGGCUUAUGGACAAACUCGUCAAAACAUGAUGCCGCCACCUUCUCCUAACCAAAGUGGAAAGAGCGUGACCAGAGCAUCUCACUUCAAUUCUAACUCUAGCUCGCCCAUCGCUCAGGAAAAUACAGCAAGUGCAUCUUCUGGAGGCGGUUUUCACCGUCCGUGGAAUUGUCAAGGCAUGAUAUCUUCUGUUAGUGCAGGAAACAAUCGAGCAACAUCAAGUACAUCCUUUCAGCCAAUCUCCGGUCAUGGUUUUCCACCAAAUUAUCCUCAAACUCCCCAAGUUCAAGAAUCUAAUAACUCGAACCAUUUUCCAGCUCCAUUUGCUCGACACAUGUACGCCCAAGCGAGCUGUCCUCAACCUCAACCGUCACAAACGACGUAUCCUUAUUCUUGGAAUGAUUCCCAAAUGUUCCAAAAUCAGUCAGCACCCACUCAAUUAAUUCACCAUCUACCAAACAACGGAUUGUACCCAGAUUUAGUUGAAACAAUGCUUUUUCGUCCUCCACCUCCUCCUACUCCCACUCCUAUUCCUACUCCUAAUAUUCCUUCUACUUACUCUCCGUUCGUUCCCCAACCCAGCACAUCAUUUUGGCCUAACGAACAAACAGUAUACCCCCAACAACCACAGGCCGGCCCCCAAUACCCGUACUCCGGUAACUCCACAGCACCACUUCCUUGUCCUACAAACAGUUAUUCCAGUGCUGCUGAGAACUCGGCAGUAUCUCGCCAAGGUCCUGCAUGCAGUGAGAAUGCCUUUUCCAACAUGCCUCUCAAUCAGUAUACAAAUGUGAACGAUGGAACUUAUACAAUGUCGAGUCAAGCUAAUGCUUCACUGACAACCGUUAAGAAUAAAGAUGGCAUGCUCGCUAAACAACACAGAAAACGAGAUCAAACAAAAUCUUACACGUACCCCUCUCAGUCUGUACACCAGGUCCCAAAUGUCACUGUUAAUCAGAGUAGACCCUAUACUUUAGUGAAUGUCGAGAUUGAGGAUACAUUGAAGUCACAAGAGCCCUCGAUGUCUUCAGAGAACAACGACUGGCAAGCAAGUACGUCUGCAGAACGGCCCAUCGAGUCGAACCAGCAAGGACUUUCAGACAACGAGUACCAGUUUGCAGCGAUUUCACCAGAUUCUGAUAGGCUGAGUAUUGAUGACUCUGUUAUAUACUGUCCGAGUGAUUUGACCACCAUUUUAGAGCCGAUGCCGGCUCCUAUAAUCAAGGUGGAAAAUCAGGAGGAGGUCGAUCUACUCGUAUUAGAGAAUAUCCCUGUUGUGGAAAUUGAAUUGCCUAAUGAAGUCUUGGAGUUCAUGAAGGAACGUGAUCCAUAUUCAUGAGAUACACACAAUGUUAUCAUAGGAGCUGAUCUGGCGUACAUUCGAAUUCGCUAAAUGAUAUGUACGCUUUGUAUAUGAAUGAAGUUUGUAUGAAGAAUGUAAUUUGCAUCCACAUAUUUUUUAACUAAAAUAUUAAUUGUAAAAGUGUUGAUAUAAUGUUAAUGUAUAAAUACCCUUAUAGUUUUAGCAGCCUUCCUGUAUGCUUUAAUUCGAGACAAACCACAAAACUUUUUAACGUAUAAAAAUGAAUUAUUGAUAAGUGUUUUUGACACUGUCAGUGACUUUAAAUCAAUGAUUCUCGAUAUGAAAUGAGUUAUAUUAAUAAAACUAUUUUAUGUUAUGUUGAUGUAAGAUGUAUUUUAUCUACAAUGAAUUAUUUGCACUUUUUAUGAAUGUUGUAUUUUUUACUCUUAAUUAUUAAUAAUGAAUGUGGAAAAGCAGUAUUGUUCGUUAAUUUGGAUAAAUACAUUACUUAUGACAUCAUUUCGUUACUAAUAUUCC